AUGAAGGCACUAUAUGUGUCCAGUAUUCUCGGCAAGUCUUACAAAAUUUUAAACAGUGCAAGAUGUUAUGCAUCUGAAGCUCCGAGCAUUGAGAUCCUUCACAAUUCUUCUGUCAAACCAGAACUUCUAAAGUAAGUCUACUUUUGAAAGUUAAUUUUGUUUGACAUUCAGGUAAAAAAUGGGUUUUUGAGAUAAAUUAUUCUGUAAUAUAUAAUUUUUUAUAUUUUCAGAGCAAACAUUGGUGAUGAUCUCAAUAAGUUUCCACAAUUCGACACGGAAAGUGUAUUGGACAUGCAGAAGAUGUUUGAUGCUCGUAUAUGGUACGGACAUAAAGUAGGCUUUAUUUGUGUGUUUUGUGUUUAGGUACUUUAAUUUUCAUCAAAAGAACUUUAUUUUUAACGUAUUUCUAGAUGGGAACGUUAAAACCAAACAUGAAAUGGGCAUUGUACGGAGAGCGAUUAGGUACUUGCGUGUUUGAUCUGAAUAUAACCAAACAGCAUUUUGAAAAGGCUCUAACAUUUCUGUCGAUGAUAGCUUACCGAGGUGGCAUGGUGCUGUUUGUGAGUUCCAAUCGACAAACGAUGCACUUGGUAGAAAGGAAGGCCAAAGAAGUAGGAGAAUAUGCACAUACGAGGAAAUGGACUGAAAGCAACUUGACUAAUAUAAAACAAUUGUUUGGAGCUCCACUGAGAUUACCUGAUAUGAUUAUUUUCUUGUCCACAUUGACGUCAACUUUAGAGAAACACCCAGGCAUUGUGGAGGCGGCCAAGUUGACUAUUCCAACAAUCGGGAUUGUGGAUUCGAACUCCGGUAAGCUUUUUCUGCGUCUUAAACUUAAUGGUUAAACAGUAAUAUCUGGAUUCAAAAAUUGGAUUAUACUUUGGGCAAUGACAACGUCUUUUUCAGAGCCCAACUACAUUACGUUCCCGAUCCCAGGGAAUGACGACUCUGUCCAAUCGGUUGAGUUUUAUAUGGACGCAUUCUGUAAAGCGAUUCAACAUGGCAAACAUUACCGUGAACUUUUACAAUCAUGA